CACGACUUAGAUUUACAAAUAGACGACUAUGUAUUUUUGUCGGUACUAGAUGGGAGAAGUUUUCGAUUCUCCCUUUGAUGGCUCCUAGCCAGCAGUAGCAGUGGGCAGUAACAAUGUAGUUCUUGUAUUGAUAAGAUAAGGACUUACAACUUUACUCCUCGUAACUCCUCGUCCUCUCAGUUAGACUCUUGUUAGAACAAAUACAAAAUCUAAUCUUGAAAAAAUGGGUCUUUGUCUUUUCCGCGACAGCGAGAGCGAUGCUCGCGUGGAGAAGAUCAAUAGUUACAGGCGUAAGUUUGCGCGCGUCCUCAGCAGUGACGACAGGCUGAAUCAGGAAUGCAGUGUCUUUUGGAUCCAAAUGCGCGCUCCCCAGAGGGGAAACGUUAUCCACAAAGGCGAUGUGAUGGCCUGUACGCAGAAGUUCCUGGAUCAGAUAGAUGCGGGAGAUGAACAAACACUAUCUGGGAUCGAUUGGUUGCUGAAUCAAUUGGAAAGAGUGGGUGUGGACAAUGUCGGAGGAGGAGAUCCGUUGUCAUCCGCAUCUGAAGUCCUCUCUUCAGCGGGCGGCUCGGCAUCAGGAGACCAGAUCGAAUUCGAGACUUUUCAGGCUUACACGAGAGAAAUGAUGAUGCUCUUGGAUGCGGAGAUGGUUCGGAAACUGGAAUCUGCACUAGCUGCGGGGGAUAACCUGUGCGUUCCAAUGUACUACUCUCUGAGAUUUUGGAUUGAUUCAACUUUAUUUUGUGUUGUUUGAACCAUUUCAAUUUCAUCUAAAAAAUAGAAUGGAAGUAGCCCAUCAUUACCAACAGGUCGGAAGACACCGAGAUGCCCAAACGCAGGCACUACUGCUACCACGCACGAGACCCAAAGCGGGAGGGCUUUUCUAGAACGAAGGAGAUCGAGGAUCUACCGCUCGACUCUGCGAGGUUUGUACGGGAAGCGCGGGAGAAGUAUCUGAAUCCACGACCAGAGAGUAGGGUCAAUGCGGCUGUUAAUAGUGCUGGAGGAGGCGGAAGUGGAAUCCUAGGAGCUUUAGCACCUGGUUUCACCGCACCUUCGGGACCUACCUCCUCCCCAUUCAAAGUACCUGCAGGAGGAGCCACGAAUUUCAACACAGACCAGUCACUUCUUUAAGGCUCAGAGAAAUUCAUCUUAAGAGGCAUCUUUGACCGCUUUCCUAAGGAGGAAGUACGUUAAAGAUGCUCUUCAAGAUGAAUAAAAGUAAGGUCUAACUUCUAUCUGCGAUAGAUCAAAUGCGACCAGUCGCUAGUUGUGGCAGAGAUCAUGGUGGGGAUAGCAUGACGAGCACGCCAAGACUGCUCAUUGCUGAUGAGUUGUACACACCGAGACGGCAGCAUGCCUACGCGCAUGAGAUGUUCGGUGGAAAUCCGACGCCGCCUAGUGCAGCGAAGACGCAGUAUGGAGAAGAGACUGGUGGAGGUGCGCAGAGGGGUGGUACUGUACGUAGUUUUCUAGGCAGAUCUAGAUUUUCCUCCUUAAUCAUGUCAUACUAGAAGGUCGUUUCAAAAUCAAGAAGAUCGAAAAUGUUCAAGAACUGUUUUUCAAUCCGUCUUCUUUCUCAUGUUCACCUUCCCGUUCUCGUACAACAUGCCAGGUGGCUUCUCAUUCCCCGCUUUCCCCGAUAUGCUAGCCGAAGCCGGUGUCGAAGGAGUACAGUUGAGUCCUGCACAAAUGCAGAAGAAGAGCCGGACCCGCUCAUUCGGGACCGAAGAUUACAAUGAACAACUUGUUCAGCAUCAACAUUUACAGGGGAGAAGCCCUUCAGUUCUCGUGGAUGCUGCCAAUACUAGUAGACAGCAGAUGCUGAGCAGACAAGCAUUAAUAAAUCAACAAGGUCCUGCUUUGAAGAGAACACGUGGAACCAAUUCCGUCAAGAAUCAGCAAAGCGCACCAGGUGCAGGUACUAUAGGUGCAGCUGACUUAUUUCCACGUGGAAGAGCGCCGCAGGAAGCCCCUCUGUUUUAUCCUAGGGAAGAAGCCGAAGAUCGAUUAGGACAACAGGUGGAGGAAGUUUUGCGACAACAUCAGAGUUCUUUCCCUUUUGACAAGGCAGAGAUGAUGAAAAUGACCAAACAGCAGUUUUACAGGGACGUGGAUGAGCAAGGGGUCGUGCAUAGUAGGACAGCUACUUCUAGCGGAGCUGGCGCCUCUUCAUCCAGUAGUUCUCGUACACAUGAGGACAGCAGUACUAGCACUUCUAGAAAGGAGUUAAAUCCCUACUUUCCUAAGCCCACUGGCGCCUCUGGAUCAUCAAGAUUUAGGAAAAGGGUAACCCAGAACAAUGGCGAAUCGAACUCGUACAAAGAGGAAUCGGUUUCAGUUGAGCAAACCUCGGUGUCAUUUGCAGAAGGUGGAGGCAUAGACUCCAAAGUUGCGAGCUCUCCGUACCUUCAUGAUGGAGAACAAAGAGGUCAACGAAGUGUACCAUCAUCUGCUUCUUCGUCAACUAGUAUUUGCGAAGCAAAAGAGCGAGCACCUCCACCUGUGCCUGUGCCUGUACAACAAGAAGUAGAAGAGAAACCCAUGAUGGUGUCGGAAAAAGAACAAGAGAAACGUGCAAUGAAUGAAAUUCAUGCUCUUGUUGGUCAGAUACUACUAGCGGAGGAAACGACUGCUUCCUCUGGUGGGGUAGCAUCAACUUCAUCUGGUGAGGUCGUUUUAGACUGUUUUCGGCGGAUUGGACAGAUACAGCCGAUAACGGUGAACGUACUCCGUGAAACGAAAAUUGGCGUUUUCACACAGAAAUACAAGAAUCAUUCCUCUACGGAAGUGCAGAAGUUUGUGCGGUCAUUGAGGCAACAGUGGACGGACGUAUUAGACUGAUAUUUUACAAUCCAAUAAUAGAUUUGAAACUUACAACACCGAAGCGAACUCAAUGAGCUCAUGGAGAAAUAAUUCAAAAGCUUCUUGACUACUACCCUUAUUAUCUCAAUUGUCUACUCAAGAACCUCAACAAGGUUGUUCGCCGCGAUUCCUCCAGUGCCACCUCAACUACGUCAACCAGCACAACUCCUGCGAAAUCUACUGCUCCACCUGCUGCUAGCAAAGGAUCCUUGUUGCAGUCAAACACUGUAGAGAUCAUGCGCCAAAAGCUUUUAUCCGAGGAGGGGAUGCGACUAGAAGUCUUCAAUGCUGAUGGUGGAGUAGAGUGGACAAGCGUCCGCCUAAUAGCGGAUGACAAAGGGCAGUUACCGUCAUCGAUUGAAUUGAGAGGUACUUGUACUCAUAGAGCACCCUAGACUUGAGAAGAUAACACUUUCUUGUUCUCAUCGUGAAUGUCAUCUUUUGAACGAGCUCACCUGAGCGAACGGAGCACCAUAGACUUAAGAAGAUAUUACACCUUUCUUUCCGAGCAGCUUACUUACAUACUUAUUCGAACUUCGUGCUAUUUUCCUUCGCCAUCUCGUGAACAUCAGGUGACGACCCCGAUAGUUCGAUGGAUUUUCAGCUUUCGGAACUAGAAAACGUUUCUAGAGGUGCUGCGCGUGGCCUCUUGCCCAGCCCAGAGCAACGUAAAAGCUCAGAACGCCUACUAGCCUUUGAGUUCGGAGACGAAGGAAGCCUAGUUUUGAGACUCAACGACAGCGAAUCGGCGGAGACAUGUUGCAAAGCCUUGAAAACUUUUGGACUGAAAGUUCACGGUGGGGGUUCUUGAACGACGUGACACAAUAGUCUGACCUGAAAUUAUCGUACUACGACUUGCAGCUCCGCAAUCGCAUUUUGAGAAUACAGUGUAUCCUGUAUUACGCUUAAAAAGGUGUAUGUAAUACAAUUAAUAAAAAUGUAACGAACAACUAGACUAGACUGACGAAAGUAUCGAUCCAAUGAACCAAAACGUUAAGUAGAUUAUCAAAUAGUACAAGAUCCCAAAUUAUCAGUAGUAAAUUGACAAUUAUCGAUCCCACGAAUAUUUGCAAUUUCCUAAACGAUCCCAACUUUGCUAGAAUGAAUAACGAUAAGUUUCUCAUCGAUUCAAUGUGAACGAAGUAUUCCGAUUCCGUAUAUACCAGGUAUGAGAAGAUUCGUAGAAUUGUAGGUAUCAAUCCAUGUGGCAUAGGAACGACACAUCCAUCUCAUCACUUGUACAGCAUAGGACUUACGCAAUCUUAUCGUCAUCGUCAUGAUUCAUAGAAAAUAGAAGAACCACAGACAUCAGCAUAUUGUUUAUUGAUAUUAUCGAAAUCAGAAAUAUCGCCAGGGAAAUCUUAGGCAGAUUGCCGAGUAGGUUCACACCAUCACUAUCGAAAUAAGAAAUAUCCUACUCACGAGAUUGACUUCUCAACAAGACCAACAACUACGAGCCAUGUCAUCGAACAGGAUCCCUCCAACAUGCCUGUAUCAUUACACGAAGCUACAGCAAAGAGGAAAGAAAAUCACGUACUGAAGAAUCGUUCAUCUGUCGCUCAACUAAGCAAGGACCACUACGUUCCUGACUGCUGGUUUUUUGAGCAGGAUCCUGCGUACUGGUCUUCAUUCAUCACUAAGAACGAUCAUCAUGAACGAAGUAGACCAUCCACGUGUGGUAGAUUUCCACAAUCAGGAUCUGAAAAA